AGUAUGUAUUAUCUGUUAGUGCAUCUGUAUCGUGUUUGUCAGUUUAUGAAGACGCAAACUGGGUGUGCAAGAAACCGUUGCAUGCAACCACUGAAGCAGUGCAGCCGCUUCACCUGAAAAAAUAAGAUUUGAGGUGAAGUUUUGAGGUUUGGCAUGUGCCAGAAUGUGUGGGAGAACGGCUUGCACUCUUGUGCCAAAUGAGCUCAGUCGUGCGGCUCGCUAUCGAGACAGGACGGGUCAACCGCACAGGCCCCGAUGGAAGGACGGAGACAAGGACAAAUACCGGCCAUCAUAUAACAAGAGUCCUCAGUCCUUCAGCCCUGUACUGCUGUCCAAAAGACACUUCAACAAGGAUGCCCCGGUAGAUGAGUGUGUGUUGGCAGCGAUGCGCUGGGGUCUCGUCCCGGCGUGGUUCAGAGAGAAUGACCCCAGUAAGAUGCAGUACAACACCUCUAACUGUCGCAGUGAGAGCCUGCUAGAAAAGAAGUCUUACAAGGAUCCUCUUCUGAAAGGACAGCGCUGUGUCAUUCUAGCCGAUGGCUUCUACGAAUGGAGGCGAACGGAGAAAGAGAAACAGCCUUUCUUCAUUUACUUCCCUCAGAGCCAAGGAGGUCAAGUGCCUAGUCAACAGAAUGCACAGAAGACAAAAAGUGACCAAAGUUUGGACCAAGGAGAGGUUAGCCCAAGUCUGACAAUCGUCAGAAGUAAAUUUGUUAACUUAUGCCAGUCUUCCUCAUCUGUUCAUUCCUCCUCUUGUCUGCAGAGUGAUCAGGACGACAGUGACUGGACAGGGUGGCGUCUGCUGACAAUAGCAGGGCUCUUUGACUCCUGGACUCCUCCUUGUGGUGGAGAGACUUUGUAUACUUACACCGUUAUUACUGUAGACUCCUCUCCAAAUCUCCAAGGCAUCCAUGACAGGAUGCCGGCUGUGCUGGACGGAGAGGAUGAGGUAAGACGGUGGUUGGACUUUGGAGAAGUGAAGUCACUGGAAGCAAUGAAAUUACUGCAGCCAAAGUCCUCCUUAACUUUUCACCCCGUCUCCUCAUUGGUCAACAAUUCCCGCAACAACUCUCCAGAGUGUCUUCAGCCUGUAGACCCCACAGUUAAGAAGACCGUUCAACCUACAGCCAGCAGUAAAAUGAUGAUGAGCUGGCUGAAAACUGCCUCGCCCACUAAGAGGAAGAAUCCUGAUGAAGACACUUCAGUUAAAGCACCCGAAGAAAAGUCUGCAGCAGAGAAGCAAACCAAGCCGGCUGGGCCUCUCCAGCAGUGGCUGCUGGGAUCGGGUUCCAGCAAGAAACCAAGAACUUGAAAACAGAAUCACAGUGUUCUUCAGAAUGGCCAAAAGAUUGAAAAUGCACCUUGACAUGCCUAAAAAUGUUUGUUAAAGUAGUAGUUCACCCAAAACUGAAAAAUUGAUGAAAAUGUUCUCACCUCAGGCCAUCCAAGAUGUACAGUGUAUGAUGUUUCUUCAUCAAAACAGAUUUGGCGAAAUUUAGCAUUACAUGCCCACCAGUGGAUCCUGUGUAUGUAAAUGGGUGCCGUCAGAAUGAGUGUUUAAACACCUAAUAAAAACAUCAUAAUAAUCCACACAACUUAAGUAAAUUAAUCAAAUAAUGUCUUGUAAAUUGAAAAACUGCGUGUUUGUAAGAAACAAAUGAACUAUUAUUGAGACAUUUUAACUUAAAACCAUCACUUCUGGCCAAAAGCUGUAAUGAGGCUUCCUCCAAUGAAAAAAAAAACAAAAAAAAAAAACACUUGUCCUCAUGUAAAAAUCCAUCAGUAUGAUUGUUUAGAACUGAUUUGGACCGUUUUUGUUUGUGAACAGUGCUUGAUCUGUGCUUAUUUCCCUCCUGAUUCAGACAAGAUGACUUUCACCAGAGAAAGCAGUAUUAUUCAUAGAGGACUUUUAUUUUAUCUAGCAGCAAUGGUUUGAAGUUAAAAACAUCUUGAUUGGUUUUAUUACAGACAUGCAGUUUUUCACUUCAGAAGAUUUUGAUGGGCUGGAGACAUGUGGAUUACUGUACUUGUGGAUUAUUGUGAUGUUUUUAUCACCUGUUUGAACUCUCAUUCUCACGGCACCCAUUCACUGCAGAGGAUCCAUUGAUGAGCAAGUAAUGUAAUGCUACAUUUUUCCAAAUCUGAAAAACAAACUCAUCUGCAUCUUGGAUGGCCUGAGGGUGAGUAGUUUUGGGAAUUUCUUUAAGAAAGUUAACAGCCCGUUUGCCAAGUAUUCAGUGUGUAGUAGUAUGUAUUGUUCCUUUUUGAUGAUGUUAUAUAAUGAAAAUAAACGCUCACGUAACUUGUGUGUA